CUGCUUUUUUAUCAGUCUUCUCUUCCAGGAAGUUUAAAAGCAGAUAACUUGGCCUCAUUAGGAAGAUCUUUCAGCAUAGUCACUCUUCAUUCUCUUAUUUUUCUUUUCUCCGAACAUGAAAGGAAUGGAUAUUUUCUGUUCAACUCCGGCUUCUACAGCCGUGCGCUCGAGCAUGGUGAACCACCGUUCCAUCCGCCGUACCCAUUGCUCUAAAACUUAUGCACCAUGUUCAUCACAAUUUCCCAUAAUUCCUCGGCCUUAUCACGAGAAGAGCAGAAAGAGUUCAACUAAGCAAAGUGAUUUACGUAGAAAAAGCUCAGCUGACAUAAAUGAUCUUAACAGUACUAAUGCUUCGUCUCGAUAUCUUCUAAGUGAUAAACCCUUCAUCGACUGGCUAUCGGAAUCUGAUCGUGUCUCAGCGUUGGUUCCUGCUGAUCAAACAGCAAAGCCUCGGCAUGUAAGCGCAAACAAGUCUCCUGCUUUGAUUAAGUCCUCUGCAACUCCCGAGUCCCGUGAUCAGCAGGUUGUGGUUUUGAGGGUGUCAAUUCAUUGCAAGGGCUGUGAAGGAAAAGUGAGAAAACAUAUCUCAAAAAUGGAAGGAGUGACAUCAUUCAGCAUAGAUUUGGCGACAAAGAAGGUGACGAUCAUCGGGAACGUGACCCCUUUAGGCGUGCUUGCAAGCGUUUCAAGGGUGAAGAAUGCGCAGCUUUGGCCAACUUCAACUACAUCAUCAUCAUCAUCGCCAUAGUCAAAAUUGCCAGUGGCCAACUUCAGUUACUGAUGAUGACGAAGUAAAAAAAUAAAACUAGCUAGGGUUUCUUUCUUUCUUUCUUUACUUUAAUUAGUUGAUUAGGGUGUGUUUGUGUCUGUGUGUUUACAGUUUGUGUGAUUGGAUGGACGCUUAAACAACAGAUUAAUAUUAAUAAUCUCCAAUUAAUAUGUAAUGUAAUUCUGUAAACCGUUUUAAGGGAUUGGAAUCUCAAUAUUAAUUUGUUGUUUAAUAAAUCAAAAGAAGAGUUUGAUA